AUGGCUGGAGGGAAUCUCAGUCGCUAACGGAACCUGUGGGGCACCAGGGCGCACCCCACAGUAUACAGCCCUUACUGUGUUACAGCAGGGCACUGACACAGCUGACCUUUACUUCCCUAGCUACUCGUGGGAUCAAAAUAUGUACACAAACAAACAAACACAAAACAAUACGAGUGCCGACUGCUCGUCUCAGCCGGAUAAUAUGGAAGUCACAGAAGGUGAACUCGAAAGACAGCUCUCUAACGAGUCAUUCACAGGAGUGCCAUCCAUCUCAUCUUCCGCAUUAGAUUCACCUGCGGAAAUGAACGACGAGAGCGACGAUGAUGGGGUUAAUGUCACCAUCAAAACAGCAGAAAUGCCGAAAAAAGAGAAAAAUCUCGACACACGGCAGCUAAGUGGUGCGGCCAAGAGAAGGCUGAGAAAGCUUAUGGCCAAAAACGUACCAUAUGAAGAGGCAAUGCGCCUAAUUUCCACUGAAAAAAAUACGCCCCCUGCAAAAAAUGUAAAACGGGCGCGCAGUGGAGAUAACGAUGGUUCAAACAGUGUGGAAAAAUCGAGAGCCAAGAAGGCCAGAGGGCCACAAGCCCCUGCGAGACAGCCAUACGAAUCAAAGCAAGCUCGACCACAGACCAAUGAGGGUCGUGAAGGUCUACAUAGGGCCAAACGCCCAAUGAGACCAAUAGAGAAAAUUAAAGGCAAGUCCAAGCAAAGACCCUCCUAUAGUGAGGUUGCUGGUUCUGUGAGGGUAGGCAUAUUAGCCAAAGAUUACCCCAGCACACAGCUGAAAACAGAACAACUGAAAAUGGUACAGCAAGCGAUUAAACGGGCUGUUCUCGGUCAAAGACAGGAGAAACUUAAACCGAAGUUCGCUCAAUGUUCGUACAAAUCAGGUUUCAUGGUUGUGACGUGUCUUGACCAGGCUACAUCGGACUGGCUAAAGCAAGUUACACCAUCAAUCAAGCCAUGGGUAGGAGCUGAGCUAGUCGCCGUUGGAGAUAAUCAAAUCCCAAGAUCGGAGAUCCUGAAGGCUCACCUACCUGGAGCUGCCGAGGACGAUAUCGGUACGAUUCAGGCUACAAUUGAAAGCCAAAAUGAUGAGCUUAGUACUGAAAGCUGGAGAUUCUACGAUAUCCACAAAAAGAACGAAGCUCUCGAAGUGGUUUUCACCGUAGACGAAACCUCAAUGAAAGAGCUGGAGAAGAGGAACUUCGUCAUAUACUAUGGAUUUGGUUCCAGUAAAAUCUGGAAAAUAACCAAGAGAAAUCCAGAAAGCAGAGCUGUUGAAGGGAACACCACCGAUAAAGCUGUUCAAGGACCCGGGCAGCCUAAACAGGGCCUUGUAAAGGACCAGUCGGCGACAGACCAGGUCCAACCCACAGAAGGAGAGUCGAUUAGCAAAGGAAAUACUUCGGCAACACUCGAUCUCAAAGAACCAGAGUCUAAGGACCAGGGCCAAUCUAUGGACCAGGGACAAGACUCAGGGACAAACGAGAAAAAUGAGUAUAGCCCCAGUAAAUUCAAUGCAGAUUGCUCACCGGAAGGGACUAGGUUGUUGAACAUGGGCCCAUGCUUGGAACAAGAUCAACUUAAACCAGGCCCGAGUGGAAUGACCAGUUUUAAAGGUAAAGUAACCAUCAACAAACCUGCAAACAAAAAACUGUCAAGAAACCCUAGCACAUGGAGCAAACCAAAAGGAGAAAAGCAAACAUGUGCAAAUGGCAAAAAGCCGGUGCUUUGCCCCACCACCACGGGCAAAAAACCCCAAAAAUGAGCACCCUAAAAUGUGUUCAGGCGAAUCUUCAUCAUGCUGUAGGAGCCUCAAGUACACUACUGAGAAGAUUCGUCUCCGAAAACCUGGACCUUGCCUUUAUCCAGGAACCUUGGGUUAACAA